AUGAUCUCCCCUCGUUCCUACUUGGUCUCCCGCCAGAAAGAAACACACCACGCUGUUGGCUCUCCGUCGUCGCCGUCGCCCUCCUCCUCUUCCUCUCCGCCUCGGUCUCCUGUUCCUUCCAAGAGCAGCUAUGCCCAAUCUCGGAGCAUCUUUACCUCCAGCACCAGGACUUCUUCAACACCGGCCAUGGCGUUCAAGCGGAAGGAGGCCGACACCAAGUCGCCCACCCCAAGUCCGCCAAAAACCACAACGACGCUCACGCGACCGACUACUCCCACCAGCCCUGUCAAGAUCCCCGUAAACUCAAAGAACGAGACAGCGCACUCGCACCCGCACCCGCACAAGCACCACCGGCAUCAUGGAGACAGGAGACACAACCACCACAAUUCGUCGGCUUCUCGCCAGAAUCCGCGCACGCCUCACCAUAAUCCCGAUGCCAUUCCUGCCUCUGUCGCCGCACUGCUGGCCAUCACCAAUAUUCCGCCACCCAGGAGUUCGCGGAGCCUGCGCAGGCGCGCGGCUUACGAGAAGCGCAUGACAGUCGACUCUAUCAUCGAGCAAUCUCACGAGGCGGAAAAGGAGAUUAGUAUCACUUUGAGCAAGAGCCCUUUGGAUGUGCUGUUGAGUGCGCCGGAGGAUCUGGAAGAUGACGAUAUAUCCAUAUGCGACAGCACUGCCGAUUCUAUACUCUCAGCCAACACCGUUUCGUUCGAGUCGGUCCCGUCUCUGACAGACUCGUUUACGACUGGGACUAUCUCGUCUUUGGAGAGCCCUUCGACUCCUCCUAGACGCCGCAGGACCAAGCCGACGAGAAAAUCUCUGGAGCCCGUGUCGUCGCCACCAGGUGUUCAGGAGGUGGUGCACCCGCUAUCCAGUCCCACCAUUGAUGUGGAAGAACUCGACUUCAGAGUCUUUGAACCUGCAUCAGAUGCCUCGGACAAGAAAGCCGAGUCUAGGUUCCCCUUCCGACCGCUGAAGUCGGCUUUCAAGUCGAAUCUGACUGCUUCCUUGCGGGCUCUUCGCAACGCUGCACGAUCCUUCUCCAACAUGCAACUGACGUCGAUCCCUCCCGAGGAUUUCCUCACUCGUUCCAUCCUUACUCUGGACCCUCGUAUCCCAUAUACUGACGAACGAAGACCGCCGCCUUUGGAAGAUGAGCCAAGCGCUGCGCUUCGAAGAUAUCUUAACCCGACGACGAGCGCGCGCAUUGAGUCAAGGCCUUCCGAAGCCGGCCGGCCGGCCGGACAAUCCCGCACAGCCUUCACGGCCUCGAUUCAGAUGCAGACCUACAAGGUCUCGAGGGCACGGAGUGGCUCACCUAUGUCUUUCCGGAGCCCUUACGGAAGUCGGCCGACAUCAUCAGGCUCCAGUGCGUCAACACAGAAGAGUCUCCCGCUGGCCUUUGACGCACUGCCUGGACCGAGGCAGCGAGAAGUGCGCGAAAACCCGGACUUUAUUCGCAUUGCCGUCAUGGAGAUGGCGAUGCGGAAGAAUGGCAAGCUGGAUGACCGAAAGCCCGGCCGGGCGCGUCUGGCACUCCCGCCGAGGAAGAUGACCGCGAGACCGUAUGAUAUCGGCCCUGACGGUGUCCCGGCACGAUGGGUCGCUGUCACCAUUUAG